AUGAGAGCUGUCGUGGUCGUCGCUGCUCUGCUACUGCAGAGCACUGUCUCUGCCUUCGUUAUUCCUUUCAAACUAGCCGCCGUGACCAAUGUUACCACGGGAGGGGCAGUGCUUGAACAAAACACUCAAAGCUUCUUCGUCGCGAACAUAACCGUCGGGACUCCACCACAGUUGUUCACUGUGAUCAUUGACACUGCCUCGGCCGACUUCUGGAUUCCCGACAGCACUUGUACCACAUGCGGCAACAAAAGACUCUUCAACAGUGGAAGUUCAUCCUCAUGGCAAAAGUUUGGUCGAACAUUCAUGGCUAGUAAUCAUUUCGGUGUGACAGAAGGAUUCUUCGGAAAGGAUACGUUGAGACUCGCCACUGACGACCGGGACAUGAUUGUCAUUCCUACCGCGGAUAUCGGCCAAGUCCUCGAGUUGCCCGCGGCAGUGUCUGCACUGAAUGGAGUUGAUGGUGUUCUCGGCUUGGCGUUCCCGUCCGUAUCCAGCGACCGUAUGACUCAGCCUGCUUUUAUCAGAGGAGCAGCUCAAGGUGAUAUUGCCCAACCGAUUUUCUCGAUAUGGCUUGAAGAGCAGUGGCAAACAUCGGACAAUGGUACUCACGGUGUCAUUUACUAUGGUGGCUUCGAUCUCGUGCACUGCCGUCCCAACCGCAGUUUCGUGCAGCUGUCAGCAGCCCGCCUGUUCCAAUUCACUUUGUCAAACCUUUUCGUAAAUAACAUGGGAGUAGCCAGGAGGAUUCAGGUGGACUGCAACACGAAACUGGAGCUUGAUUUCGAUGUCGGUAACAACGUGCUGUUGAAGGUCAAUGAACGCAAUCUGAUUCUGAGUAAUAACGAUGGCACGUGUACAUUGGCCGUGAUGCCUACGGAUGCCAACGUUUCGAUAUGGGACAGAGCAUUGAACUCGGCAUUCCUUUGA